UUCCUAUACAGGAAUAGGAGACCCUACUUACAAACUCUUUUUCUUCAGUAAGCUUUUGUUUAAAUUGGGAUAGAAGCUGUGAUAAUGGCAUUUAACAUGCAAAAAUUGGAAAGUGCCCAGAGUAAGUUAGCCACCUGAAUUUGUCUCUUUUGCACAUUAGUACAUCAUACUGUCACUGCCUAUGAACAGAGAAAAAUGGUGUGAUCAGAUAAUGAGCUGGAACUCCUGCCUUGCUUAGUUUUGGAAUUAGAAAGUGGUCUAAGGAAUGAGAAUGAAAUGUAGGAUUAAGAGAAAUAAAUUUGUUUUCCUUACAAAAGUGGAUUCUUUCUCACUCUCUCUCUUUUUUUUUUUUUCCCCUCAAAAGCUGAGUACAAUUUCAGAUGAGUCAUUUAAAUCAAAUCUUUGACAUGUGGUUGGAGCUUUUGUGUUCUUCUCUUUCUCUUUGCUCAGCCAGGGGUUCUCAAAACUGAAGCUGCAUUUUCACGAUCUGGUUAAGCUGACCUGAAUGUGGAGCUGACGCUGCAAGGACAUUUCAUCCACUCCUGUAUGCAUGUUUCCACCAGUUUCUCUGUGCUAUCACUAUGGCUUAGUCUCAGGAACAGGUCAGGGACUCAUUUGCUUGAAUAAUUUUUUCCCCCUCUUGAGCCAGGUAAGUUUUGGAGAUCAGCUAAACUGGUCCUGCUCUUGAGCAAUUUGAGCAAUUUAUUUGUUAGUGCUGGCAUAGGGUACAGUCAGAACUCGUGGCCAGAGGGAGGAAAGCUGGAAAAGUCUCUUUCACUCGUAGCUGUCACUUCCACUGGCUUGACCUGGUUGUGCAAGUGCAUCUUGAUGUGCAAAACUGCUCUGUAUUCACAGCUGUGACUGAAGUAAAUGGAAAUUGUAUUUUAAAUGUGAAAAAAAUAAGGGUUUAGCUGUAUCACUAGAUAUCCAAAAGUGGUAAGUACUUUUUUUUUUUUAAAUGGAGGUAAAGAUGAUCUCUCAUUUCACUUGAGUGUUGAAAAAUAAAUCCUCUGUCACAUGCAAAUACUUAAAUGUUUAUUUUCAAGAUAUGUAGGCAAUAAUCAACAAGGAAGUUGCUAAGAUUAAAAUUAUAUACAUAAAAGGACAUGGCAAUGUACAAAGCAGAAUAGACUAAACUGAUAACUGAAUAGCAAACGGAAAUGGAACAUUUGGUGCUAUAAAUGAAGCUAAAAUUGGGAUGUAAAUGCUUUUAACGUGCAAUCAUGCACACCAAGUUAAAUCUGUACAGCCGAUUUUGAUUUCUGCCUUUCUCCCUCUUUGUGAUCAUCUUUUGAUACCUUGAUGUUUUAUUAUCAUAUUUGUGAGUAAUGUUAAUGUUAAAAAUUAUUCUAUAAUCUGGAGAUGGCUUGAAAGGAGGACCUAAACAUGAACUCUACUUAAAGUAAACCUGUCUCUAGUUUUUCCUUCUUUCUCAGGUAGCAAGAAGUAGUAGCACUACUAUGUAUUAUUUUUGGAGUUUUGCCUCUCACAGCAUUGCAGAUUGAAGUAAGGCUUCAUUCAUACUGUAUUACAGGACUUGUAUUUUUUAUUAUGUUUGUUUUAGAAAGCAUACAGGCUAUUACCAUCAGACACCUAAACACAUUAACAGUUAAUAUUUAUUUGUGCAUAAUUUGGUCAAAGUCAGCAUGAGAUCCUACCAACAAGUUUUAACUGUGUGCUGCCUCUCUCUGGAACAACAUGUGAGUUGUUCUUUGCUUUUUUGAUUCAGUAUCACAGAACUUUAAUUUAAGAAGCUAAAGAAGUAAAAUACAGCUGCUCCUUUUUUUCACUGUGCUUCCUAGCCACUAUAUAAAUAUUAUUCAUUGUGGUCUUUCUUCACUAUUGUAAUUUUGAAUGAAUGAAAGUGGGGUUUGUAUGUACUUCAUGUGAUGUAUUUUCAUAAGGACUAAUAACUGGAACUACCAGCAUAAUGGCUUAAUGUCAAAACAGCUAAGUGUGAAUAAAGUAUUAUUAAAGGAUAAAUACAGGUAAAAGGGGGUUUCUGCAUCUCCAGAUGAGUAAAGCAAGUCAUUUUCCCCAGCACAAAUCUUGCGCAGCCUCUAUCCAGUGUUGUUAUUUUCAUUUAAAGGUUUCCUUUGUUAGGCUCUGUGCAGGCUGGUUCCCAUUUCCAUGGUGACCAUGCUGAAAUGCAGACAGGACACAGACUGGAUUCUCAUCGGCAUAGCCAUGCACUUGCAUACCAACACAUGUUAUCUGCUUGGCUUAGGAUAUUUCCAUUAGCAGUUUUAAUGUUUAGCGCUUCUUUAGAGCUUUUAGAUCACAUAGUGAUCUCUGCCCCUGUGAUACUGCACAGUGUUGGGAUUUCAGAGCCUGUGCAGCAAGACAGAACAAGUUGAUAAGCUUUUUUUUAGAGCCAAAUAAUUUGGCUCUACUGUUCCAAUUUAAAUUACUCAAGGACAUCAGAGAACUGUCUGAACCUUAGUUUUUUUUUUUUUUUCUCUUAAAAGUGAUAACACAGAAGGAUUUUUAUUUAUAAACCCUUAGGUGGAAGACUGACAUACAUGUGUGCUAAAUAGUUGGGAACAUACCCCUUCUUAAGGCAUUGAUAAAAGGAUAAUAAAAAUAAGCGAGUGUGAAUUACAAAAGACAAACAAUACCUUCUGUCUGUAUUGGUCGAGUGUGAGUGUGUAUCUUUGUGAAGCAGUAUGAAAUAAUCUUCUUCCUGCUCAUACUGUAGUGGUUUUCUGGAGGUGGUGAACAUUAAAGGCAUUUAGUGGUAUAAACAUAAGCAUUUCCAUUACUUCCAAAUCAGGCUGUGAUUUCUGAAUUACCAAAUAAACUCAAUAUUCUGAGUGUUGGUAAUCAUUAUUUUGAAUUUUUCUCUGAGUAGCAUUUCAGGAUCCUCAAUGGAGAAAAUGUAAUUUUCUCCUGGAGAUGUACAUGCUGUAAAAAUAUAAGAAAACUUGCAUAUUAUUCAGGACUUAAAAGAACAGGCAAAGAAGAAGGAUCAACACAGACGUUUUGAAUGGAGGAUGAGCAAAGACAUUUUGUGUGCCGCUGAAUGGCAUCUGCAUGGUUGAAUGUCACACAUGAUGAAUGUCACGGAUUCUUUUGUCCCUUUCAAAUUGCUGUUAGGCAGGGCGAAGGGCUUGGAAGUUAUGCACAGCCCUGAUGGAACUCUUGCCUUAUUCCUGAUUUAUUUUGCUCUUUGCAACCUGCUUCCAAGUUUAUCAUUCUUCCCUUAUAUCAUAGAGUUGGAUUGCUUUUGUUUUUUUUUUUUUUUUCCCUUAAUCACACAAAUCUUCUUGCAUAACAUGGGUAUUUGUAAAAGACAGACAAUAAAGAAAUCUUGGAGGAAUUACUGUCAACAGCAGGCUUCAGGGAGGAAGCUUAUUGCACAGUAGAAAUACCUAAGGAAAUAGUGGAGUUUGAGGAUGGAGUGGUGAGUGAGGGGUGGAUGGGUGUGAAGGAUUGAACUAAAUUUUUACCUUUUAUCUAUCUGACAGCUAAUCUAUCUGCCUGUCUAGCUAUCUGUCUCAAAUAUAAGAGACCUUAAGCAAGAAAAGCUGGCAGCAGUUGAUGCUGUGUUAAGACUGCAAUACAAAGCUUUGUGUGAUGAUAAGAUUGCAGAUUACCAGGCUACUUCACCCACUGGAUUACCUGGUAAAUUACUAUCUCAGCCAGCUGCACGAUCGGUGUUCUUACCUGACUGAGGAGUAGGUGCCUUGUGCCAGUGCUUAGUGCUUGUGCUGCCUGCUUAGUGCAGCUAAGGAUGCUGUUACUAGAAGUUGUCAGCCCAGCACUUCCUGGAGAAAAUGCCUGUGCCAUGCCCUGUGCUACCUGAAGUAAGGCAGCUGCACACAGGUAAACCAGUGGAAUUAGCUAUGAGUAUGUCUAAAUUUGCACAUGCACAGGAGUCACUUCUCAUAAUUUGUCAGUUUCUGUGACUGUUGUGUUCAAGUUUCCCUUCAGUUAUGAAAGCACACUGGGUAAGAAAUUCUACUUCAUUAGAUAUUCAGCUAAAGGAACGAAACAGUAAAUUACUGCUAUUCAGGCCUAAAUUUAUUGGUCCCAUUCUCUUUGUUGAGUAGAUGUCUAUUUAGGUAUCAAAGCAGGGCAAGAGUGUCAAAUCUGUGUCAAGACUUUGUGUCCUGGUUUCUUUAUAGCAACAAGCUACAAUAAGGAGAGCAAAACACAAAAGAAUCUCCUUGAGGCACCUGUCCAAAGCAGCAGCAAGCGGAGUAUUAUGUCCUGAGGCAACUAGUGCAUCCUAGAUAGUUACCAAGUAUCACUGCAGAGGAGGGGGUGUGACUCAAAUGUCUCUGUGCCUUUAUUCUUAUUUGAAUUUUCUGUUUGAAGAGAGUAUUAAUUGCUACCUAAAGAAUAGCAAAACAGUUUAUUUAAAAAUUUUCCAGUGAUUCAAUUUUCUUUACAGUAAAUUCUAAUAAGACAAUGACAGUAGUCUAUAAUAAUGAAUUUUUAAAAUAUUUUAUCCAGUAUUCCUACUGUGUAAUAGGAAUACUGGAUAAAAUAGUUGUCUUUAUAUGCAAUACUUUAGAUGCACAUAGAAUGGAUUGAAUGUAAUGUAUUAAACUCAGAUUUAGCUGAAAUUCCUCAAAUGAUGAUUUAGCUAACCUUUUCUGCAUAGAAAAAAAAUAUUAAGUGACAUAAUACUUUCUUUAAUUGUACUCACCAAAUAAAGUUCCCAUUUAAACAUGCCUGAAAUAUGUAUAGGUCAAAUAUAAAAUAGCAGAAAUGAUGGAGAAGGGAUUUUUAUUAAGAUGGGCAAAACAAUAAACUAAGAAAAAAAUCCAUCAGUGCUACUCACAUAGUCCUUCUGCUAAUAAUAGUUAUCCAUUUAACUCUAGCCAAAUAUCCUUUUUUUUUUUCUUUUUUGGUUUUUUUUUUUUUUUUUUUUGGGUGGGGAGAGUGGGAGUUGAUACACUUUUUUUAAAUUUUAUUUUUUGUUUUCCCUUCCAAGCUGCCAAAAGCCAGUUCAUCAUAUUGAACAGUAAGAAAGUACUUGAGUCUCUGGAGUUAUCUUUCUGAGAAGCUGAGAGCUACAAUAGACUUUGGUUCUGUAAAGACAAAAAAACAACUGUUCUGCUUUUGUAGAAGCAAGUAUUAUCUCUAGAAAACUCUUCUUAAAUGUACAUGGGCCCUUCUCUCUGGCCCCAGAAUGUACAAUGGCUUCAUUUUACAAAAAAAAAAAAAAAAAAAAAAAAGUAACUUCCUUCUGAAAUCUUAACUACAGUAUCCUGUCACCAACCUGAGCACUGGUAUCUGGGUAGACCCUGUCUGGUGUGUGGGCUGAGGGUUGGGAGAGUGCCUGCUGCUGUCCCUCCUCACCUAGAACAUAGUCCCCCUGCCCCAGAGUGCAGGGUUAGGUGCCUUGGACUCAGCACCUUAAAAUGCACAAAAAAGCCAGCUUCUUGCAAAGCAGGAAGACUCCUGCAGCUAAGAGAUGGAUCAAAGGUGUUUGAACUCUAUCCUUCUCAGGCACCAGCACGAGGUGCCUCCUUCUACAGAGGUCAAGGAUGGGGAAGAAUUUUGGGAGACGUGUCCAGUUCAGCUUUUUUUCAAGAGGUAGCUGCUUCAGAAGUAAAGGCAUUCUUCAUAAAUGCUGUGAAGCCUACAAUGUUGGGCUCCUGGAAGCAAAAAUAUUUUCUGGUCCACCAAGAGAGCAGUUUGGAUAUGCAGUUCAACAGUUUAUAAAUGAACAAGGCAAAUGGUUGUUAGUUGGUUCACCCUGGAGUGGCUAUCCUGUGAACAGAACUGGAGAUAUAUAUGCAUGUCCUGUUGGUGUGUCCAAAAACACAUGUAAAAAAUUGAAUUUACAAGCUUUAAUAAAUAUUCCAAAUGUGACUGAAAUUAAAGAGGACAUGAACCUUGGCUUGACUCUGAUACAGAACUCAAAAACUGGAGGAUUUUUGACUUGUGGUCCCUUGUGGGCACAGCAGUGUGGAAGACAAUACUACGCAACAGGAGUUUGUUCUGAAAUCAGCCCAAGUUUUGAGAUCCUAAGAAGCUUUUCUCCAGCUGUUCAAAAGUGUUCCUCUGUUAUAGAUGUUGUGGUGGUUUGUGAUGAGUCAAACAGCAUUUAUCCCUGGGAUGCAGUGCGGGCGUUUUUGAAAAAAUUUGUACAAGGCUUAGACAUAGGCCUUAACAAGACCCAGGUGGGUUUAAUUCAGUAUGCUAAUGAUCCUCGAGUAGUCUUCAACUUGAAUACAUAUCAAACCAAGGAUGAGGUUGUUAAAGCAAUGGAGAAAACGUUUCAGAAGGGAGGAGAUCUCACUAAUACUUUCAAAGCCAUUGACAAUGCAAGACAGUAUGCCUUCUCAGCUGAGUCGGGAGGACGCCCAACAGCCACAAAAGUCAUGGUUGUUGUGACAGACGGUGAAUCACAUGAUGGCUCCAACUUGAAAACAGUGAUAGGUAAAUGCAAUGAAGACAAUAUAACCAGAUUUGGCAUUGCUGUUUUGGGAUACUUAAUAAGGCAUGAGCUUGAUACUAAAAACUUAAUUAAAGAAAUCAAGGGAAUUGCUAGUCAUCCAACAGAAAAGUAUUUCUUCAAUGUGUCGUCUGAGGCUGCAUUACUGGAAGAAGCAGGAACACUUGGAGAACGCAUUUUUAGUAUAGAAGGUACUGACCAAGGUGAUACCUUCCAAAUGGAAAUGUCACAGGUGGGCUUCAGUGCAUAUUACUCACAAAAAAAGGAUGUUCUGCUGCUGGGUGCAGUUGGGGCCUAUGACUGGAGUGGAACAGUAGUUCAGGAGUCUUCAGACAGAGCCACCACCUUUCCAAGCCAUGUGUUUGAGAAGAUUCUACAGGACAGAAAUCAUAGCUCAUAUCUAGGUUAUUCUGUUGCUGUUCUCUCAACUAUGAGCUCUGUCUAUUUUGUUGCUGGCGCACCAAGAUCCAACUACACUGGCAGAGUGGUGGUUUAUAAUGUUGACAGUGAUGGUAAUGUUGCAAUUGUGCAAUCACAGAGAGGAGAGCAGAUUGGCUCCUACUUUGGCAGUGUGGUGUGUUCAGUUGAUGUUGACAGGGAUUCUGUGACAGAUGUGCUGCUUGUGGGUGCACCAAUGUUUAUGAAUGACCUGAAGAAGGAAGAAGGGAGAGUAUACAUGUUUUCCAUCACAAAGAGAAUCUUGGAUCAACAAGAACUCUUGGAAGGUCCACAGGGGUCAGAAAAUGCACGCUUUGGAUCAGCAAUCACAGCACUUGCAGACAUUGAUUUGGAUGGUUCUAAUGAUGUCGUAAUAGGUGCGCCACUGGAAAACCAAAACUCUGGAGCAAUUUAUAUUUAUAAUGGAUUUCAAAAGACUAUACGUACUAAAUAUUCUCAGAAAAUCUUAGGAUCGGAUCCUGCUUUUGGACAAAAGCUCCAGUUCUUUGGAAGAUCAGUAGAUGGCCAUAGAGACUUAGACGACGAUGGCAUUACUGACAUAUCAGUUGGUGCUGAUGGAAAUGUGGUUGUGCUAUGGUCAAGAAGCAUUGCAAAUGUGUCCAUAACUGCUUCAUUUAAACCUGAGAAAAUCAGUCUGCUGAACAAGAAUACGGAUAUAACUGUCAAAAUAUGUUUUCAGGCUUCAUUUAGACCUGCUAAGAAAAAUAAUCAAGUAGCUCUAAAGUACAAUGCAACAUUGGAUGCAGAUCUCCAGUCCUCCAGAGUGACUUCUAGAGGAUUUUUCAAAGAAAGUAAUGAAAGGUACAUGCAGAGGGAUCUUGUGGUGCAUCAUGAAGAGAAUUGUGUUCAUGAUGUCUUCAGUGUACAAGAGCCUUCAGAUGCAGUGAAUUCACUUAGUUUGCGCAUUGACAUUGGCCUUGCAAAUCCUGGCUCCAGCCCUGUCCUGGAUAUAUCUUCUCCAGCAUCUGUGGCCUAUAGUAUUCCUUUUAUUAAAGACUGCGGUGAAGAUGAACUUUGUAUCUGCGAUCUUGUUCUGAAUGUUCAGCAGAAGGCAGAUGACAGCAAACAACAGUUUAUUGUCAGCAGCAAAAACAGAAGACUAACAUUCAAUGUGAAAUUGAGAAAUAAAAAGGAAAAUGCAUAUAACACCAGAAUCCAGGCUACAUUUUCAGACAACUUGUUUUUUGCUUCAUCUUCUUUACCGAGUGAUGGGACUGAAGUCUUGUGUCAAACAGGAACAGCACAAAGUACAGUCAUUUGCCAAAUAAGCUAUCCUGUUUUCAGAACAGGACAGCAGGUAUCCUUUGAUAUUAACUUUAAUUUUAACCUUAAAAAUCUUCAGAAUGUGGCAGUUCUAAGUUUUCAUACAUGGAGUGAAAGUAAGGAACAGCAAGACUCGGACAACCAGGUCACCUUAUCAAUUCCUUUGCGAUAUGAUGCAGAAAUUCAUUUCACAAGGCUUGCCAAUAUCAACUUUUAUGAAGUAUACUCUGAUCAUAACAUUCCUUCCACUGUGAAUAAUUUUGAAGAUAUUGGCCCCACAUUCAACUUCUCAGUUAAGGUAAUUACAGGAAGUAUUCCAGUAAAGAUGUCAUCAGUAACAAUCACUCUUCCUGAACUGACCAGCAAAGGCAACCCACUGAUGUACCUAACUGCAGUCACCAUAGAUGAGGCCAGAGGUGUUACUUGUGAUGCUCAGAUAAAUCCACUGCAAAUAGGGAAAAGACCUUAUUCUCCAUCUUUCAUGAAAGAGAACUUCAGAGCUUCCAAAGAACUGAACUGUAAGAACGUGAAGUGCAGUACCAUCACAUGCAAAUUGGAAGACAUUGCACUGAAGGGAGAGUACUUUGUGAACAUAUCCACCCAAAUCUGGAAUGGAACCUUUGCUGCCUUAAAUUUCCAGACGUUACAACUCUCUGCAGAAGCAAAAAUUGAUACAAAUAACCCUGAGUUAUUUAUCAUUGGAGAGAACACCCUAACUAUCCCAGUUACAAUAAUAAAGCCGGAUGAGAAAGCUGAGGUACCAGUAGCUGUUGUGAUUGGCAGCAUAUUGGCUGGACUUCUCUUGCUGUUGGUACUGGUUGCUGUUUUGUGGAAACUUGGCUUCUUCAAGAGACAGUACGAGAAAAUGACACAGGAUAUAGAAGAUGUCGAUGAAAUUGCAGAACUCACAAAGGACAAAGACUGAAGAUGAGUUAGAUGGACAAAGAGGAGAUCUGAGCCACCAGUAGUAGUUGUGAUCAGUCAGUUCUUCAGCUGGAGUGCCUUAAAGCUUAGUAACAUUUAAACAUUUUUAAUGAAAGUGUCUUUAUAGAUUAAAUAUUUUACCGAUUCUACUCUAUUGUAAGAGUAACUGCAGGACAGUUUGUUUUUUUCAAAAAUGAUUUAUAAUGCCUUUUCUUUUAAAUUUUUGCCUUUCAAACAAACUUAACCCUUAGAACUGGCAGGUCCGGAGUUUACAGUAACAUACUGUUCCAGCAGCCCUUCUCUUGAUCCACUGUAGAGUGAAACAAGAAUUUAUUUCAGAUUAUUGUGGAACAGCAUCAGUUUGUAAUUCAGUUGACAAGUACCACAUGUGUUAAAGGACAUUUUCUAUUAAGUUGACGAUGAAUGUGUCGUAAACACUGCUUCCAGAUUGGAAGAAGAAAAGUCAUUUUUUCAUUGACUAGUUCCAUCCUUAUUGUUUUAGAAAAAUAAUUUCCACCAGCAAACCUUUGCUUUAACUAAUUUAUAAACUGGGAACUGUGUAUGAAGAUGUCUGUUUGGGUGCUAUAGGACAACUGGCUGGGCAAAGUCUUCCAAAAGUUCACCAUAUUUCUUGCACUAAGGUCACAGCUAAAUUACUGAAGGAUAUUGUUUGGGGGAAGUAUUGCCAAAUGAUAUGUAUAACUGUCUUCUGCAUACUUUCUCCCUGAGAAGAAAAGGUGAAUUUCAUAAUCACUUAUAGCAUGUUCUCUGCAACAUUAACACUCAAUUUUCCUCUUGAGAAGAACUACCACUGUUAUGCUGGCCUUUAUACUCUUGGUCCCUCUGAUAUCAGUUUGGCUGUUAACAUAAAUAGAAAAGACAGUCAAGAUCUUGCCUUUAAUUCUGUACUGAAAGAUUUUGCAAGACUAAGAGCAUAGAGUGAACUAAAGGGGAUAGCUGACUGAGGAAUUAUGCACGUUACAAAAGGGGAUAGUGAAGAUCUACGCUCUGUAAAAUGUUUACUGCACUUCUUUAGCAUCUCGGUGCCCUCCAGGAGACCAAAGUUCAGUACAACCUCCUUACCUGUCACAUUUUUUUUGGUCCUACCUGUUCAUGUCUUGGUGAAGUUAACUUAUGUUUUAUAUGGAGAAGUACUGUAGUGCUCUGUAAUGAGCUCUAAGAGCAACACUUGGGUGACUUUGUGUUGGUUACACACCUCAAGUUUAUCACAUGCUGUUACGCUGCCUGGUUAUAAUGAAAGCUUGGUCUAAUAAAGGCCCAUGCUGUAAGACUGGCAACAGGGGAAUAGGCCUUUUGGCUGCCUUUCUCUCUCAUGCCUGGCAGUUAGACUUACAAUUGAUUGGGAGAGAAGAUGUGUGUGGUUUUUAUAUGUAUGCUGCCAUGCCAGUGAGAUUGUUUCCAACUUGAGGUGAUUUACUUGAAGAGUAAAACAUGCAAAUGUGCCUGAUUGAGAACACAAAUUCAUGGUUUCUUCCCCCCAAAACUGGAUUGUAAUUAUGAUUAGGCACUUUUCCAUUAUUUUCUGAGGAGCUAGCCUUAAGCAUGUUUGAAAGUUUUACUCAGUCUUUUUUAAUAGCUAAUCAGUCAAAAGCCAACCAUCUCUUUGGAAAAUAACAGCUUCAUUUGCAGCAACAGCUGGAUUAUGGUCAGUAUAGUUUUAUAUGUGUUUUGAAUUUAUUUUGUAUCUAUGAAAUGUUAUGUUUUGAGACAUUUUGUUGUGGUUUUUCUAACAUUCUGAAAAACAAUUCACAUUCUUAUAUCAAUUAUCAAACAAGAUUCUUGCCAUCAGCUGAGUCUGUGACCAAAACAAAUAUUUUAAAAGUGGAAAAAAAAAUAGCAAUUGCAUAAAUCUAAAGAAUAAGCUCCUGUCUGGUAAUUAUAAAUGUUGAGGGCAAAUGCUCUGAGAGUAAAAAUAAAAAAAAUGUCUGCCUCAAUUCUUAUAUAAACUUAUGCAGAAAAAAAUAACCCCUACAGCCAUGUAUGUGGGAAGCUCCUACAUAAUCAGGGUCAUGCACUCCGGAGCAGAGAGGGAAUUUCACAAUACACCAGAUGGUUUUCAAUUUCUGGUGCUGCCUACCAGGGCAAUUCAGGCAUUGACCCAGAUUUCCUUCUUCUGCCUUCAGUGGGAGGUACAGGUCAAUAUCCAAUAUGCAACUUCUUUGGGGAUUUAACAGUUUAUCAAUCAGGUAGCAAUGAUUCAAUUCACUAGUAUUUUGACAUGAACAACGUAAUUCCCCUUCCCAGCCUGGACACAAUACUGCUUUUUCAAAAUAAAGGGGAGACAUAAUAAUGGGUAAGGUUUUUGUAUCCUAACCACUCCAAAUUAAUAGCUUAUUUUUCUUUAAAAAUUAAUACUUAAAUGGAUAAUUCAGUUUUUGUAAUGGGUAAGUCUAUUGCACUUUUAAGUUGGCACAGCUGCAAAUAAUACUGGAAAUAUUAUGUAUAUUUUGUAUUGUAUUGUGCAAGGGUUUGGGUUUUUUUUUUUCUUUAUUAAUUACUUUUUUAAAGCAGCAUGUUUUAAAUACCCUGAAAUUUUGAGCUUCAGCAUGUACUUCUGUUUGUGCUUGCAGCAAGAAAAGUCAGCAAUACCUUCAGCAAACUCAAGUUAUAUCUGAUUCUAGUCUUGAAAUCUAGCUGCUGACUUCCUGAAGUACUGGAAUCAAGUCCAAAAUCUGAGUUCGUUUCAUAUGAGCCUAUGUAUAAAUUGGAAUAUACAAGAGAAUUUAUAAUAAAGUUGACUUUUAAAAGCUAGCAUGUAAGCUCUAUGGGAGCAGGGACUGUAUCACUGUGGUGGCCUGUCUGAGGGCCUAGCAGCAUUACUGCAAUAAAACCCAAGACUACUGCUGAA